GCUCUGCAGAAACUGGCGGAAGUUAGCGUUCCAACAUGGCGGCUGAGGCAGGCGGACCGCUCAAACGGGCCCUGGUGCCGAUUCUUUUACCUGAGAAAUGCUACGACCAGCUUUUCGUCCAAUGGGACUUGCUCCACGUUCCCUGCCUCAAGAUUCUCCUCAGCAAAGGCCUGGGGCUGGGCAUUGUGGCUGGGUCACUUCUAGUGAAGUUGCCUCAGAUAUUUAAAAUUCUGGGAGCCAAGAGUGCAGAAGGGCUGAGUCUUCAGUCAGUAUUGCUGGAGCUAGUGGCAUUGACCGGGACUGUGGUCUACAGCAUCACCAACAACUUCCCCUUCAGCUCUUGGGGCGAAGCCCUGUUCCUGACGCUGCAAACAAUUACCAUCUGCUUCCUGGUCAUGCACUUCAGAGGACAAACUGUGAAAGGAGUCGCCUUCCUCGCCUGCUAUGCACUGGUCCUGAUGGUACUCCUUUCACCACUCAUGCCUUUGGCUGUAGUCACUCUGCUUCAGGCCUCCAAUGUGCCUGCUGUGGUGGUGGGAAAGCUGCUCCAGGCAGCCACAAACUACCGAAAUGGACACACGGGCCAACUCUCAGCCAUCACAAUCUUUUUGCUGUUUGGAGGCUCCUUGACACGCAUCUUCACUUCCAUUCAGGAAACUGGAGACCCCCUCAUGGCUGGAGUCUUCGUGGUCUCCUCUCUCUGCAAUGGCCUCAUUGCUGCUCAAGUCCUCUUCUACUGGAACUCAAAGCCAUCCCAUAAGCAGAAAAAGGAACAGUAGGGCUGAGCAGCAGAUCGGAUCAGCUACUGGAAUCAUUCCUUGGUUCGGUCCAUCCACUCAAGGGUCCACCCCAUGUGAGCCUGUCUGCUGGUGUGACUUUUAGUCAUCCAUUCCUGGGCAACUGCAACUUCCUGAGCCAUGGUUUAUUUUUAGUGGAAACAGACAGUAAAGCUUUUCUAAGACCA